CAGAGCGCCCUCAAUUGUUUAAUGGCGCCAUUUCACGGGCGCAGAUUUUCGAACUCGUGGAAUUCUUGCACAAAUUUACUCAAAAAUUCACCUCAAAUGCCAUGACAACGGAACGACUGAGGUAACCGUGAUUAAUUCAAGCUCCUGUCAGAGACUUUAAGGUUGUUUUGGAACAUGGCUCGGACAAACCAGUAUCCGAGACAGCCGGCUGGAGGGAAGCGAAGAAAGGGUGCAACUCCGAAGAGAAGGGAACCAAUCGAGCAGCAGAAUCGACCGCCGCGUCCACCGUCCCCGCGACCCGUGGUGUCACCCGCGAGCUUACCGUCAAGUGGUCCGCUCAGUCGGAAAUCACCGGGUGGCAGAAAUCCACCUCGAGCUCCUAAUUCUGAAGGUCGCAGGAAGCACAGAUUCAGGCCAGGCACCAAAGCCUUGCUGGAGAUUCGCAGAUACCAGAAAUCAACCAGUUUACUGAUUGCUAAACUCCCAUUUGCACGAGUGGUCCGUGAAGUGGCCAGUAUAUUUUCUCAUCAUGAUUUGAUGUGGCAAGCUGCAGCCAUCAUGGCUCUUCAAGAGGCCUCAGAAGCCUUUUUAGUUCAUUUGUUUGAGGACGCUAACCUAUGUGCCAUCCAUGCUAAGCGAGUUACCAUCAUGCCUAAAGAUAUCCAACUAGCCCGACGGAUACGUGGACGUCAGGACGGACUGGGUUAAGUCCAUCUUUUAUCUCAAUUCCUGUUUUUUUUUUUCAAGUAAGAGAUUUCCUCAAAUGUCCAGUUGUCAUUUCGUUUUAAGUUAAUUUUAUACAAAUGUAUUCUUUAAUUUUUUUUUCUUUUUAAAUUUAAAUAUGACAGAAAUGUACUAUAUUUUCUGUCAUUGCUAGUGGUGGGCAUUUACGAGUAGUGCGAGAACAGGUACCCUACUGAAGUAAAACAAGGGUACCCGGGUACCCGUAAAAGAAAGCCAACCCCAAAAUUCAUAUCCGGGAAGUAGCUGUUCAGAUUGUUCAUAAAGGUGCCGUGCUGGUGCACAUGAUGACAAUACCACAUCAGUGCACACUAUACACACUUGUAUCUGUGUGGACUAAAGGAUUUGCAAUUUUAAAAUGCCCGUAAAUGUGAAAUUUGUUCUGGUUUUCCAUGUAGCCUGGUUUUCAUUUUGAAAAUCCCAAACAAAUGGCCGUCAAGAAAAUUUCCUUUUUAUUGUCUGAGAAGGUGCAAAGUAAUCUGUAAAUUUUGUUUUGAGUACCCGAUCCCAUAAUCUGGAACCGCUUCCUGACAUCAGCGGUCGGGUACCCGGUUCCGAUGCACACCCCCAGCCAUUGCCAUCGCAGGUUAAUGUAAUUGACACAAUUUAUAUGUCUUGGAUGUGUUGUGUUUGGUUGUGAAAGUUUAAGUUGGCGAUGCCCUUUCAUUUUGGAAUCCAUAACUUGCAUUGUUUUUCUUCGAAGUCACAUUUUUUAGUGGAUUUCAGGAAAGUGAACCUAAAGUAACACCAACAUAUUUGGAUAUGUUUUGGAAGCAAAUCAGAUUGCCAGUAUUACUAUUUGCAAAGGGAUUAUCCCUUUGAAAAAAGUCAUACUGGCAAUCUGACUUACUUUCAAAACCCGAUUAUUGUUUUCAUCAAAAUGCCAUUUAAAACUUAGGAUGAAUAAAAGCGAGUAUAAAACUUUAACAAAACCAAACCCAUCCUUCGGACGGACAGAGCACAUAUAAUAUAUCUCAUGCAUUUAUUUCUUUACCAUGCAAAGCUUCAAGUCAUAUAAACCAAACCCACAUUUGCAGCAGGACAAUUCUUUUAGAUGAUACAUCAUUUUCAGAUAAAUUUGAUUUCAUAUAAUGGCACUUAGGCUCAGGGUCUCAAUUUCUUGAACUUUCAUACUUUUACCUAAGAUUGUAAAUAGACGUGUAUAUAAUUUCAUUUUUAGAUAAGCAUGUUUUGUUAAAAGCCAAAUACGUGUACAUUUUGUAAUAACAUAGUGUCUCAAUACUUGAAAUACUUUCAAGUUUAAACAGACAGGUGCACAUCCUCAACUAGAACAAUCAGUUAAUGCUUAAACAUGAAUUUAAUCCUUUCAUCCUCAUCAUGCAGAUUCACCCCAAGUCUGAGGUCAGUUUGACCCAGACCAUUCUUGAAUCCUCUAAAAUACUCCAUUUUGCAGAAAACCAAUCGCACAGUCUUUGUUCUCUAACUUUUACAGGACAUCAAGCCCUAAUUGUGGAUGGGAUAAUUAGGAAAUUAAAUAGGCAAUUUGCUUUACAAAAUCACCAUCUUGGAAAUGAAGGCAUAAAAGAGUGCAGCCAAAAUGGACAGAGUCAGAGGUAACAUGGACAGGUUAAAAGUGGACAUCAAAUUUAUCCAUGUAGAAUGACCCAUGUACAUUCAGAACAUGAACAUGAUACAUGAAUGUCCCCCAAAAAAUAGACUUUUGAAGCAGAAACUUGACUGGAACAUGCAAGUUUUAGGAGGUCCCUUUUCAAAUGUUAACACUGCACACAGCAUCUUCCGUAACAAAAUUGUACAUAUGUUUUGUAGAGUUAUGUGUUUUGGUUUUUUGUCUCAUGUAUUUCUUUUACACUGAAUUUGCCUGUGUUAGUGUACAGUGUUUGUAUACAUUAAUUUUAUUAUUUUUUUAUAAUUUGUUAUAAUUUUAUCACAGCAAGGCCACUAUUUCCAAAGGAUAUUGAUAAAGAGGAACAAAUUGAUCCAAUAUAUUGCUACAUUUGUUCCCGUUUAUUGGUUGUCUCAAGCACUCCAGAUGUUUUUUUUCUUUACAGCUUUACACUCAUGCAAUAUUUGAUAAUUAUCCAUGCUAUUGGGCAAUUUACAUGUUCCGUUACUCCGUUUUAUUUCACACUGACAGUUGACUCUUGGUACAAUACAAAUUCUGUUCAUUCUGAAUAUAGUGAACAUUGAGCUUUGGUCCCGACUGUGCAUUUAUGUGCACUUAAUACACAAUUCUGGAUGCGACAAACAUUUAUGACCUGUCAACACAAAAUAAGCUUAAAGUCAGAUUUUAUUUUAAGAAUUGAGAUAUUUAUAUAUUUGGAUGCUGUAGAACAAGAGCUUUCCAAUGGUUUGUAACAUCUAGGGGUACUGAGUAAUGGAAAUAUUAACCACCAACUUACCUGAAGUUGGGAAACUGAUUCUUGAGAAAUGGCAUUUAAAAAUCCUACAGUUAAAAAAUAUAAAAAGUCAACUGAUAAAAACGGGAUGAUAAUAGGUUUGAAAGACAUUUGACUGAACAACAAAAUUGGAGAAAGGUUAAACAGGACUUACAGAUAAGGUUCCCAUGGAAACAAAUAAUUGACCACCCCUUUAAAUUUUGGCUUGCCGAUCUACUGCAACAUGACAAUUUCUGAUAUUAAGCUCCAAACGGGUCCCAUUUGGCUAGGUCGGGCUGAUUUUGUAUUAACGAUAGUCCACUGUACCAGACUUGUACACACACUUUUUAAAUGUUACAGACUAGGCACCAGUCUACAGUGACCACCACACCGUACUGUAUCGUGAUAACAGUUAGUCACGACACAUUCCCACCAGUAUUCAAAACUGGGUUAAAACAACAUUUGGUCAUAAAUUUUUUUACACAGAUUUAAACAUAGUUUUUAUCAUUCUUUCAAACCAGGUUUCCUAGUUUUGGACAGGAAUUAAAUAAAAU